AUGCCUUGUCGCUACCAACCGGGAAGUCUGCUGAGCCUAUCAGAGGACAGAGUCGUGUCCGAUCUGGUGCAGACAUGCUACCAGAUGCACGAGCUGGCCCGUCGCAACGGGUACGCGUCGCCGUCGCAGACGUUCGCGUUCGCCCGACACCGGAUCCGGCCGUUUUGGGCCGAGGCUGUGCCCGCGCUUGUCCGCCGCCAGUUGUUGACCAAGUGCAUGGCCGUGCUGGCGGAUGCAAUCCGCGAGGGCCACUCCGUCAGCGCGGCGGCCGACAACGUACCGUUGUACCUGCUUGGCGUGAUGCUGGACGGCGACGUCAGGGAACUGAGGGUUCAACUAUGCUGUUACUACGGGUGUAGCCACCAGACCGCUUUGCUCAAGCUGCUGGCGCAAGAAGCCCGGGGCCUAGAGUCUCUAGAGCUGGUCAGGCCGACGCUACUACGUUUAGAUACACAAUUAUUUCAGUCGGUAUUGUUAUCAAUGAGUAAUUUGAAACGUUUAGUUUUAAAAAAUAUAGCUUGCGAUAAAAUUCUCAAAACUAUUGGACAAUCGUGUUCUCAACUGGAAGUACUAGAUAUAUCUCAUUCAAGUCAAGUAACAGAUAACGGUAUAAAACACCUUUUACUACAAAUUGAAAUUAAGGACAAAACAAACAAUUUCAAUAAACGUAACAUUCAUUCAACAACAAAAAUAUCCUGGUGGGACGUUAUAAAAACACUAUCAAAAAAAAUUAAAAUUAAAACUGGUCGACGAAAUAAAAUAAACGAUUUUUCAUUUCUCCUGGAAUAUUGUCAAAAAUCAACAAAGCUGUGUUCUACAUUAAACACAUUAAAUAUUGCCAAUACUAGUGUCACUAGUAAUGGAAUCCUAAUAGCUUUACAGAAUAUACCAAAUUUAGAAACUCUAGGUGAAUACUGUCAUAUUGGAAAAGCUUUAGAAUUAUUGGAUAAAUCCACAAUACCGUCAACUAAACUUCAACUGACAAUGGCUAAUGCAUGUCGUACAACUUCCUCAAGACUACAAGUACUUUGCAACACAUGUACAAAAUUAAACAGACUGACUAUCACUGAGCCAUUGCAUUCGCCACUCAUGCUAAAUCAACUUCCAAAAACACUAACAAUUAUAAAUUUACAAAACGUUCCUACCGAGCAAGCAUGGUUAGAUGGCUUGUACACAUUUCUUUUAGGGCCACAAUCGCAAGUUCUGCGAGAGUUGUUUUUAAAAUUUCGAAGAGAUGAAGUUUCACUAACAAUUGACUUGAGUAUUUUCUUACCUCAAUUGGCCAAUCUCAAAACAUUAUCAAUUGAUGGAGUGGAAUCAUCAUUAUAUUCAACUUCAUCAAAUAUUACAUUAAGAAAACUUGAAAAAAUCCAACUUAGUAAAGUCGACCAUCCAAAUACUUUGCAACGAUUAAUAGAAUGUACACCAGAACUGAAAGUAUUACAUGUCUAUACUUGUUUGGGAUUAAACAGCUUAAAUUUCAUAGAAUUACUUAGUUCUAAAGAUACAAUUCCGGCAAAACAAGUUUCAAAAAGUUUAAACUGCCUGUAUAUUAAUGAUUUGCCACAUGGAAAUAUUAACACGGUUAAAAAUAUCAUAGAUUUGUGUCCAGAAAUAAAUAAAAUUGGUAAUAUUAGUAAUUGGGACAUUAGUCAAGAAGAGAUAAAAGAAUUGAAUAUGUGGAAACAUCAAAAUAAUUUUAAAUUAGAACUACAUGCAAAUUCUCAUUGGUUCUGUUCAGAAUGUUUUCCUAUUUUAUGA